AGUACUGAUACAUGCUAUAACAUGAAUGAACCUUGAAAACAUUGUACUAAAUAAAAGAAGCCAGUCACAAAAGUCCCCACAUUGUGGGGCCUUUCUGUGAAAUAUCCAGAAUAGGCAAAUCCAUAGAGAUAGAAAGUAGAUUAGUGGUUGCCAGGGGAGGGAGGAAUUGGGAGGCAUGGCGUUUCUUUUUGGGGUGGUGGGAAUGCUCUUAGAAUUAGUGAUGAUGGUUCUACAACCUCGUGGAUACUAAAAGCCACUGAAUUGUUCACAGUAAAAGGGCAAAUUUUAUGUACAGUUUGUGGAUUACAUCUCAAUUUUUUUAAAAAGUAGAUUUUUGUGUCCUCACAUACUCCAUGCCUGGAAGGUUCUUUACCUUUUAGAUAAAAUAAUUCAAAGAUUACCAGAACAGAACAUCAUGGCUACAUACUAAAAAUUACAAUAAAGAUCUGAGUGUUUUUGCUGAGACUAUUUUUCCAAAACUGACAAAAAAUGGCAUAUGUAGUAGACAGCUUCUGUCACAUUUCUUCUUUCAAAAUCUUGUGAAAAUUUGUAUUUCUCAAUAUAUCAUUUUCAAAAAUUUUUCAUUUUUAUUUUUUGUUGUACUACUAUAAAUCUGAGUUGAAAUGUCUGAAAAUAUUGACAUAAAAUGGUAUUUUUGUUAGUUUCUCAUAAUAACAGCUUUGCAUUUAAUUUCAAAAGACCCUGUUUAUAAGUUUUUAUAACAGAUUUGUUGCUUAGCAUUAACUGGUAUGGUUUUAGAAUUAAAUAUUAUUGUACUGGAAUUUAUAAGGAGAGAAAUACUAGACAAGUUGAGGUACAGUGAAAGGAUGUUUUCAGGAACCAGGACAUAUAAUGCACAUUCAAAACUUCUGGAAAAUAUAGAAAAAUGUCUGCUUUACUGCAAACUAAAUUUUCCCUAAUAUUUUUCUUCAAAUUAUUUAAUGUAGCAAGAUAUAUACUUUGCUUUUAAAAUCUAACUUUUUAUUGACAUAUAAGUAACUUUUCAAUGCUCAGGUUUUCACUUUUCUAAAUACCAAAGUCAUUCCUCUUAAACAGUCUUCUUUCUUUUGCUCCUUGAAACUAAACACAGUUCAGGUAUUUGAUUAGUGGAUGCUAGAAUUUGACCUGGAGCUUAUAUAAUUAGAAGAGACACUAGUUUUCCUCAUUUAAAAGCCUAGCUAGCAUAUGACAGUCUCCUUUCCAGGGAAGUCAAACCUCUCUAGUGCUUCUUUUUAUAACCUUUAAGUUAAUUCAGCAUCCAGAUACGCCUUGAUCUGUGGAUGAUAUAACCACAGCAAGCAACAUGGGAACCUCUAAAGAAAUCAGGAAGACUUCACACAACAUGAUGUGAUGUCUGCUGGUGGAGACAGGCCAUGAGGUCCAGGGAAGAGGGGAUGGCCUGACUGGGGACAAUGAAGAUGCAAUCCUGAAGAAUAAGGCGGAGGAGAGAAGAAACAGGCACCAUGGAAAAAACCAAGACAAAACAAGGAGAGAAUGAACAUAUUCCGAUGAAUAAUCCUUCCACACAGAUUUACCAGGCUUCGAAGUACAAGUCUUCCCUGAACCUGCCUCCAGUGGGAGCCCGCCUCCAGCGGCAGGAUGGAGGGAUCAUAACCUCUCUAGAGCAGCUUCAUGAAAAAAUCAACGAGAUGAGGAACGUGUUCAACUCGCUGGAGAACAAGUUGCAGGCCCUAGCCUCUGAACUCAAAACUGGUUUCACGGAAGCAAUGCAAGAACUGUCAAGAAUUCAACAUGGAGAAUAUGCUUUGGAAGAGAAGGUUAAGAGCUGCAGAUGUUCCAUGGAAGAAAAAGUUACCGAGAUGAAGAAUUCAUUAAACUAUUUCAAGGAAGAGCUGAGCAAUGCCAUGUCAAUGAUCCAGGCCAUCACUUCCAAACAAGAAGAAAUGCAACAGAAAAUUGAACAACUUCAGCAGGAAAAGCGAAGAGAAUCUCGAAAAGUGAAAGCCAAGAAAACUCAAAAAGAAGAACACACCUCACCGGCUGGGCCUCCACAAGCACAAGGCAGUCCUUUCCGUUCGAUCAAUAUCCCUGAGCCUGUUCUUCCCAGUGAAGACUUUACCAACCUCUUGCCUUCUCAGGCCUAUGAAAAAGCCCAAGAGUCCCGAUCCAUGCAUGUAGGAGAUAGUAAUGUGAAGGGAAUGAUGGGUCCCGGAAUGAACCCAACAACUCCAGAAGCAGAAGAAAACCUUAAGUCUUGCCUCUCAGCUGAUAUCCAAUCCAAGGGCCAUCUCCCAUCUGGUGUGUGGAGGCAACUUAAGGAUGGUAAAGAAUGGGGUGAGGAAUACGUCACAAAAGACCACCCAGAUAAACUCAAGGAAACUAGCCAGGGCAGACACAGCUCCUUGGAAAAUGUAUUAUGUGAAACCUCUCUAGCUGCAAAAAGACAGACUGUGGCUCUAGAACUGCUUGAAUCAGAAAGAAAAUACGUCAUUAACAUCUCUCUGAUCCUGAAGAUCAAGGCAACAUUCCAGGGGUCAGACGGAAAGAGGAAUUCAAAAGAGAGAAGCCUCUUCCCCGGCUCUUUACGGUACCUUGUCCAGCAGCACCUGGAUCUGCUUCAUGCUCUGCAGGAAAGGGUCCUGAAGUGGCCGCGCCAAGGAGUCCUUGGAGAUUUAUUUCUUAAGUUAACAAAUGAUGAGAAUAAUUUUUUGGAUUAUUAUGUUGCCUACCUGAGGGACCUGCCUGAAUGCAUCUCCUUGGUUCAUGUUGUUGUUCUGAAGGAGGGUGAUGAAGAUAUUAAAUCUGACAUCUACACACUGUUUUUUCACAUAGUCCAGCGCAUCCCUGAAUAUCUGAUACAUCUGCAGAAUGUUCUGAAGUUCACAGAGCAGGAACACCCUGACUAUUACCUACUUCUGGUGUGUGUUCAGCGCCUUCGAGUAUUUAUCUCACACUACACCCUGCUGUUUCAAUGCAAUGAGGACCUGCUCAUUCAGAAACGGAAAAAGCUCAAGAAGUCAUCCAUGGCGAAGCUGUACAAAGGGCUGGCUUCUCAGUGUGCAAAUGCCGGGCAAGAUGCUUCCCCCACUGCAGGUCCUGAGGCCGUCCGUGACAGUGGGAUCCACUCAGAAGAGAUGCUGCAACCCUACCCUUCUACUCCCAGUUCUGGUCCUGCUGUCACACAUCUGAUGCCCCCAAUGAAGAAAAGCCAACAACAGCAAAGCCUGAUGGAGAGCAUGCAGCCUGGGAAGCCCAGCGACUGGGAGAUGGAGGGCAGAAAGCACGAGAGGCCGGAGAGCCUCCUGGCGCCAGCGCAGUUCUGUGCCGCCGAGCAGGACGUGAAGGCGCUCGCCGGGCCCCUGCAGGCCAUCCCCGAGAUGGACUUCGAGCCCUCGCCGGCCGAGCCGCCGGGCCACGUGGAGCGCUCCCUGCGCGCCCCGGCCGAGCUCCUGCCCGACGCGCGCGGCUACGUGCCAGCGGCCUACGAGGAGUUCGAGUACGGCGGCGAGAUCUUCGCGCUGCCCGCGCCCUACGACGAGGAGCCCUUCCAAGCCCCGGCGCUCUUCGAGAACUGCUCGCCCGCCUCUUCCGAGUCCAGCCUGGACAUCUGCUUCCUCCGGCCCGUCAGCUUCGCCAUGGAAGCCGAGCGGCCCGAGCACCCGCUGCAGCCGCUGCCCAAGAGCGCCACGUCGCCGGCGAGCAGCAGCGGCGCCUACAAGCUGGAGGCGGCGGCGCAGGCGCAGGCGCAGGCGCACGGCAAGGCCAAGCCGCUGAGCCGCUCCCUCAAGGAGUUCCCGCGCGCGCCGCCGCCCGAGGGCGUGGCCCCGCGCCUCUACAGCACGCGCAGCAGCAGCGGCGGCCGCGCGCCACUCAAGGCCGAGCGCGCCGCGCAGCCGCACGGCCAGGCCGCCGCCGCCGCCGCCCGCGGCGCGCCCCGCACCUUCUUCCCCCAACAGAGGUCCCAAAGCGAAAAGCAGACCUAUUUGGAAGUAAGGAGGGAGAUGCAUUUAGAAGACGCCACCAGGUUCUGUCCAAAGGACGAAAGAGAAAGCGAACAAACGUCUUUCAGCGAUCAAAACCCCAGGCAAGACCAGAAAGGGGGCUUUCGCAGCUCCUUCCGCAAGCUCUUUAAAAAGAAGGGCUUGUUUGGCUGGUGGCCCCACACACCCAGAAUGCUGCUUCGGGAUGAAGCUAGGCAUGGAGCCAGAUGCAACAGAAAACCUGGGAAAGGGUUCUCUUCCCUCUGAGACUGGGAGGGCCGAAUGCUCAUACCCACAAGGAUUCAAAAGGGAGAGUCAAGUUGACAUCAUAAAAAUAUCCUGAAAAAUGCCCAAGAUGUUUGGGGAAAAGGAUGCCGCUCUGAUUGUUUCUAUCUCAGGCACAUUUGCCCUGGGUAGAUACCAGGUCAUAUGUCCCUGAAAGCUGCCCAGAAUUGAUCAGAAUAAAGACUACAUAUCUUAAAGUUCGCAAAUGUUGUGACUUUAAAAAUUUUAAAUGAGGAUGCUUAGAAGCCAAGAACAGACCUAAUGUGAUCAGCUGAUGCUAGAGUGAAUCCUUAUCCCCCUGCCUUUGAGCAGGAUGGAAGGCAAACUAUCCCAUUCUAGAAGGAUCUAUGUGGAGGCUGUCAAAGACUUAAAUCUAGACUAUUCUGAAGUGUGUGGCAAAUGCUACUUCAUCGUUAUAUAUAAAUCUUGCACUUAGGUUAGUAAGUAUUUUUGGUUGGGGUGUGGCAGGGGGAAGAUGAUUAUGUAAGACCUUUUAGGAAUAGGGAAUGUAGAUGCUCUCUCUUUUUAUCCUCAAAUUUGGGGGGAGUGAAUGUUAAAGAAUAUGGCUUCCAAAUGAUUAGUUCUACUUCCUCACCUGUUCUCUUCCUCUUUAGCACUUUAUAACUUAACAUGCCUCAGAGUGUCUCCUUUCCAGUCAUCAACCUCCCUCUACCAGUUACCUCAAAAUCUCUCUAUUUUCUUAAUCACACAGAGAGAGUACUUCUGCAGGGCCCCAUAUAAUUGAAUGUCAGUGAGUCAUCUUCUUUUGGUGUCUUAUCAGCUGUUUUGCAUAUGCCCAGCCUCAGCUGUGGAGAAGACCAUGUAAUAGAAAGCAGGACUACUAAAGAAUCAAUGGACAAUUUUACCUUCACCUUCUUUUUUAUCUCCUUAAAGCCUAUCUCAAGUCCUUCUCCUAUUCUUACCCACUUUGAGGUUCAAUCUCAUUUCCCAUUUCAUUUCCUAUAUAAGUCUAAAAUUGAAGGAGAUUGUUGAAGGGAUAACAUUUUAGAUUACUUAAACCUGAUUACAAAGGUUUCUCAAUAGAUCAUUUGAAAUCAGUCACGUAGUUAAGGUCUUCAGUGUACUAGGUUCUGUCUAGCACAAAAGAAGUAAAAGAAAUAGUUCCAGCCUAUUAGGAGCUUACAGUCCAAAUGUAAGGGUAACCUAGCUACAAGGUUUAGUAUCUAGAACAUAGUAAGCACUCAGCAAAUAUAUAUUAAAUGAAUGCUCAUUUGCCACCUUGUUUGUUACCAGGGCCGACUGAUUUGGCCAACAGGAAGGGUGUUCCCCUGCUCCCUUACUUCUCCAUGUGUAUGUCUCCCAAAACUUUAAAGGUGGACAGUCUUUCCAAUCAGAAAACCAAGACUUCUGAAGUCAGAGGGUGCUGCAGCCUUAGAUUCCACCCCUCUUCCCUUCCCCGACUCCAAACAAACUUUCAAAGCUUAUUUGUAGCAAAUCUGUACUUGUAUGACCUACCCAACUUGUUAUUUUCUUUGUCUCUGUCAAUUGAGUGGAAGGAAUGUUAGCAACAGGUCUGUUCUCUCUCCGUCAAACACUUGGAUGGCUAUGUGUCAGAAUGUACUGGCAGCAGUUGUACACUUCCCAGCAAGUGUUUGCCUGCCUGUCCCUCUGUGUCUGCUCAGAUCUGCCCUGCAGUCAGCCAAAAUGGCCCAGGAGCUCAAAAGCCAUUCCUGUUUAAAGAGAAAGGGAAUAAAAGCAGAUACACUGGCCCUUUCUCCUAGAUUCUGCAGGUUAUUUCCCCGUAAUUUAGGUAUACAUUACUUCAAAGCCUAACAGCCACACCUUUGAAAGAGUGCAAAUGUUGAGGUGGCUUAUACCAUGUAAGCGUUAUAAAGCAGUCUGUUAAAAUUAUCUUUAAAAGGAUGAAGAUGAGCUUUUAGUCACGGCUACAGUAGAAUUCUGGAUUUUGAAAAGGAUUAGCAAGUUAGCCAUUAGUUAAUUAAUAUUUAAUAUCAAGAAACAGAGAAAUUCACACACGUGAAGACACAGAGAAGGUGAUUUGUGAGAAGAGCGGUUAAAAAAGAAAAAACUAAGCUGAGUUUGUGGACUCUGAAAACUAGACAGGGCGAUUUUGGCAUUUG